AUGUCCCUCAAAACGCCACGUCUUCUUCCUGUGCUGCUGCUGCUGCUGCUGCUUUUGCAUGCAUGCACGGCGUACGCGGCGGGCGACUACCCCUGGCAGACGCUCCCACCGACGGGCCCCGGGAACACCGGGCCCAUUGUGUACCCGCCCGAUACAGUGCAUUACGCGCGCAUGUCCACGGAGCCGCAUAAGCCGGCCUUCUUCACACGUGCGUGGUAUUUUGGUUUAAUUCUCAUGGUGUUUGGCAUGUUGGGAGUUUAUUUAGUCCUGGGUAUAUGCGUACAGCUGCACUUUCGUGGUGGGGAGAAUGGGCAGGCGAUGAGUUGGACGGAGAGUACUAAUGAAAGUGCUUAUGAGUGUAGCGAAGUCACUGAAAACCCAUUGGACUAUUACUAUUAA